GCUUCAAAGAUGCCAGGUCUGACCGCCGCAAGCCCUGCCCCGUCUGACUCACAGGAGAAAAAGCCGCUGAAGCCCUGCUGCGCCUGUCCGGAGACUAAGAAGGCCCGCGAUGCUUGCAUCAUUGAGAAAGGAGAAGAACACUGUGGACACCUAAUCGAGGCCCACAAGGAAUGCAUGAGAGCCCUGGGAUUUAAGAUAUGAGAUGGUUUACUCUGUGAAUGAAUAAUUCCUGAAGAAUGAAGAAGAUUCAGUAGUUGUGAGAAUUCUUUGAGGAACUUUGAUAAAUGGAAAAAGUAUUUAUAAUUUAUUGAAAAAAAGGAAAUAUCUCUGGUCAAAAAAAAAAA